AGUGCAGCCCCAGGACCUGGCUGAACCGACUCGACCAGCUGUGACCUGCGCCAGAUACUGGCAGAACGACAUCUGAGAUUGCAACGGACUCGAAGAAGAAGACCGACGAUUGACACAACAUUGCUGGAGUAACUCAGCGGGUUAAGCAGCAUCGCUGGGGGGAAAGGAAUAGGUGACGUUUAGGGUGGGAACCCUUCUUCAGACGUUUAACAAAGGCAGGACCUGUACACAGGAGCAUAGUGAUGCAGGAUACAGUUCGCUGAAAGUGGCGUGGUGAAAGUUGUGUCUAUCCCAGGUUUGUAGGUUAAUUGGCUUCAGUAGAAAAUGUAAAUUGUCCCCAGUGUGUUGGGCAACGCUAGUGGCUGGUUCCCGCGCUGUAUCUUUAAAGUCUAAAGUCUAUAGUAAUCUCCUUCCAGCGGAUCAGUAAUUGGAAACAGGAACCCGGCAGGCAGGCAGUGAUUUGUGCAUGCACACAAGACUUCUGAACCUGCGGGGAGUCGUCUCGAGUGGCUGGAACUGUUCAAUAUUGAACGCCACGUUCAAGUUAUUUCAAAGAGCCGCUGGCAUGAGCUGAACAAGGCGGCGGCGUGUGUUGUCCGCCGAAUGAGAUUGCUGCUGCUGCUGCACCUUGAGGGGGGAGUUUUUCUUUGUGCAGAGUAGCACACAACUCUUAGCCACACAGUCAGUGUUCGCUCCUGGACUUUCAUCAAUGACUGAACGAUGCGAUCAGCUGAUAUCAAGAAGUGCUGUCACUUCUGCUCGGCAAAAUUAGAUCUCAAACUUGGUCGCUCCCGCGGCAGCUCAGUGGGACUGACUGAGGGAGCCCGGCUCGGUUGAUUUUUGAUCUUCUAAUCCUGGGGUUUGAAGGGGGUGAGGCACUUGUCUUCGGUCGAGAUCUUAACACCACCAGCGGCGCGGCAGCAGAAAGAGACCAUGGGAAUCAAGCUGGUGUCCUUCGCGGUGGUCAGUGUGCUCCUGGGUUACUAUGUCUACCUCCCUCUCCCCGAGGCAUUGGACGAGAGGUGGAAGCUCAUGAUGGUCGACGCCUGCUUCCGGAGUUUGGAGCACCUGGCUGAGCUGACUGAGUUCAUUGGGCUGAAGCACUACAUGGAGGUGAUGACGUUGCUCACGGUGGCGGAGAUGGUGGGGCCCAUGUCCGACGAAAAUGUCACCGUGGUGGACACAACCUUUAACGGGGUUGCCGUCCGCGUCUUUGAGCCGACCCGUCGGAAGCCAGGACUGCGGCGGGCGGUCAUUUAUAUGCACGGCGGUGGCUGGUGUUUGGGAAGUGCAAAAAUGCAACCCUACGAUGCCCUGUCAAGAAAGACUGCAACAGAACUGAAUGCAGUUAUUGUUUCUGUGGAAUAUCGGUUAGCACCGCAGCACCAUUUUCCCGAUCAGUUUAAUGAUGUCUAUGCCGUGGUGAAGUACUUUCUCCAGCGGGAGAUCUUGGCCCAAUACAUGGUGGAUUCCGGCAGGGUUGCUGUAGCUGGGGACAGCGCCGGAGGCAACCUCGCAGCAGCGGUGUCUCAACAGAUCCAGGAAGACCCUAAAGUUGAAGUUGCAAUCAAGAUCCAAGUGUUGGUGUACCCUGCAUUGCAGACAAUUGACUUCAACACUCCCUCCUACCAGCAAAACGGAAACAUGCCCAUCCUGCCCAAGACCCUCAUGGUCAGGUUUUGGAGUGAGUAUUUUAGCCGGGACAAGUUGCUCCUGAAGGACAUGAAGGACAAUACCCACACCGGCCGUGAAGACAGAGAUUUGAACAGCCUGGUAAACUGGAGCAUUCUUCUGCCCGAGAAAUUCAGGAAGCAGUAUAAGUAUUCCCCGCCCGGCCAGGGGAACGAGGGCACCUCUUCCACCAUCGUUCCCGGGAUCUUCGACCCAAGGGCGGCCCCGCUGCUGGCUCCAGACGAGAAGCUGAGGGCCCUGCCUCGGGCCUUCAUCAUGACGUGCGAGUUCGACGUGCUGAGGGACGAUGGGGUCAUGUACGCCACGAGACUGCGGGGAGCCGGGGUCCACGUCACCCUUGAGCACUUUGAGGAUUGCUUCCACGGCGUGCUCAUGUUCAUCACCUGGCCAACCAACUUUGCCAUCGGUCAGAAGCUCAUGGGCCGUUAUAUAGACUGGUUGCAGGAGAAUUUGUAAAUUGGUUCACAAAAUAUUUCUCACCGGCCUUCCACUACGUACCACACCUGUGGAUUAUAGUUCAUGUGUUCAUACGUUCAUAGGAGCAGAUUUAGGCCAUUCGGCCCAACAAGUCUACUCUGUCAUUCAAUCAUGGUCAGUCUAUCUUUCCCUCUCAACCUCAUUUUCCUGUCUUCUCCCCAUAACCCAUGACACUCGUACUAAUCAAGAACCUGUCAAUUAAAAAUACCCAAUGACCUGGGCUCCACGGCCAUCUGAGGCAACGAAUUCCACUGGUUCACCAUCUUCUGACUAAAGAAAUUCCUCCUCUCCUUUCUGAAGGCACGUCCUUUUAUUCUGAGGGUAAGCAAUCAGCAAGUGAUUUUAUUUCCUAAUGAUCCACCUCCAUGAUUAUCUUUGUAUUUAACCUCUAGUCGUACUGUAGUGCUUUUGGUCAGGGAUUAUAAUCACUUGAAGUGACAGCUUUAAAGGAAAUUUACAGGGUACAGAACAGUGGGGGAGUUUGACCGCACAUGGCUUAGACAUUCACACCGGGGUUUUUGGCUUCUCCAAAAUCUUAUGAAUGGGCAGAGGCCAUUCUGCCCCUCAAGCCUGUUCCUUCAUUCAAUGGGAGCAUAUGAACAUGAAGCAAUAGUUAGCUCAAGGCACCUCAAGCCUGUUGCCAUUCAAUGUGAUCAUGGUUGAUUAGUUUAGAGAUACAGUGUGGAAAUAGGCUCUUCAGCCCACCGAGACCACUCGCACUAGUUCGCACCAAACCCACGCGGUCACAGGGAGAGUGUGCAAGCUCCGCACAGACAGCAACCCAGGUCAGGAUCAAACCUGGGUCUCUGGUGCUGUGGGACAGCAGCUCUACCUGCUGAGCCACUGUGCCACUCGAUGUUGGCCUUGAUUCCUCCUCUAUGCCAGUUCCCCAUAGCCCUCAACUCCUCAUCUUUGUCAACUCAGUUACCCGCCUUGGUUGAUUGUCCCUUAAUUCUUUAUUUGCCCAACAAACAUUUGUCAAACUCAGUCUUGAUAUUGUAAAAAGUAAAAUUCGGCAGAUACUGGAAGUCUGAGGUAAAACAGAAUGUUGGAAAUGCUCAGCAAGUCAGGCAGCAUCUGUGGAAAGAGGGCAGCAGAGUCAUCAUUUCAGAUUGGUACCUCGAUCAAAGGUCAUUUACCAGAACCAUUAAUUCACAUAUUUUCUACAUGGAUGCUGCCUGACCUCCUGAGUAUUUUCAAUAUUUUCCAUUUUACUCCAGGUUUCGAAGUUUUCAUUGAUACCUCGUUAACUGGAAGAGAAUUUCCUCAGCCUCAAGAAGUGUUUUCUCUUGAUAUCCUGACAAAAACUUUAAAUGGUCCCAUCUCCUUAUCCCCCCCAGACAAAAUAGCUGCUUUCCAUCAAGAGAAAGACACAACUUGCUGGAGUAACUCAGUGGAUCAGGCAGAUUUUGAGAGCAUGGAUUAGUGAUGUUUCAGUUCAGGAUCUGAAUGGACUGAAGAAGGGUCACGACCUGAAACAUCACCUGUCCACAUUCUCCAGAGAUGCUGCCUGACCCGCUGAGUUACUCUAGCAUUUUGUGUCUUUCUUUGGUAAACCAUCAUCCUUGUUCCUUGUUCCUUGUUACAACCUCUCCAUCUAGCCAACUUGCAGCAACUAAAGAUGGAUCCCGACCCAAAUCGUUGCCUAUCCAUUCCUUCCAGAUGCUGUCUGACCCUCUGAGUUACUCCAGCGCUUUGUGUUUUACCCUAGUUGCAUUUGUGAUUAUCUUAAACUACAGACAAUUUCAUAACUUUCUAUCCCCAAGAAAAUGAGAACCUGUGUCAUACAAUCUUUCAGCCUUACAAUCAUUCCUGGCUUAAUGUCUGCAGUGUCCACUCCAACGUUCAUAAGUUUAUAAGUUCAUAUGUUCUGGGAACAGAAUUAGGCCAUUCGGCCCAUCAAGUCUGCUCUGCCGUUCAAUCAUGGCUGAUUUGCCUUUCCCUCUCAAGCCCAUUCUCCUGCCUUCUCCCCAUAACUCCUGACACCCUUACUAAUCAAGAAUCUUAAAAAUAUCCAUUGACAACCUCCACAGUCAUCUGUGGCAAUGAAUUCCAUUUUAUUCUGAGGCUGUGUCCUCUGGUCCUAGACUCUUCCGUGGAAACAUCCUCGCCACAUCCACUCUAUCCAGGCUUUUCACUAUCCGGUAGAACAAAGCCAACAUAUCCUUCUUGACCUGUAACUUCUAUAAUUGAAGGUGUCAAGAUUUUGAACAGGUCUGGCUACAGUCCACCUGGACUUACCUGAUCUCCCAGUUGCUGAACACUUUAAUUCUCCUUCCCAUUCCCACGCUGACAUUUCUGUCCUCGGUCUCCUCCAUUGUCAGAGUGAGUCUAAAAGCAAAUUGGAGAAACGGCAUCUCAUAUUGGGUAGCUUACAGUCCAGCGGUAUGAUAAUUGAUUUCUCUAACUUCAAGUAACCUCUCUCUCUAUCCCUCCCCCACCUAAGUCACACCAGCUUCUCAUUUUUACCCUACAAACAGCUAACAAUGCCCUGUUUCCUUUAUCAUUAAGUUACUUUUUUGCAUAUCUUUCAUUCAUUUGUUCUCUCCACAUCAUCGUCUAUAGCUCUCGUUUCCCUUUCCCCAGACUGAAGAAGGGUCUCAACCCGAAACGUCACCCAUUCCUUCUCUCCAGAGAUGCUGCCUGUUGCACUGAGUUACUGCAGCUUUUUGUGUCUAGCUUCAGCAAAAUGCCUGAGCCAGGAUUGAAAAUUAAUACAUGCUUAUGUCCAAAGCUAAGAAGCCUGAUCCCCAAACCAGUCAUACGCCUGUAUUUCCUAGCUCUUUGUACCCCCACCCCAUGUACUUCUCUAUUGAUGUGCUGUGUGUAUAGAUGUGAUGUGAUUAUUUGCUCUAUUUGUAAUGCAAUGAUUAAAGUGUUGAUUAAAAAGCUCCAUCUUCAACUCAAA